UAUAAGUGACUAUACUUCUGUUAUUAUCUUAAAAAUAAGCUCGUAGCAGCACGUGCUAACAAGCACACCGUGUACAAAUGAUGCACCGGCUACUAGUGUUUGGUUAUGAUUAAUGUGCAGUUAUUAAACCACUUAUUAGCCCUGAAUACCGACAAGGUUUUUUUUUUAUGCUUUUAAAACUGCCGCCAAAUGUUUUGCGUGGUAGCCAAUAAUGUGACAAGACCAUCAAUGUUGCGCCUCCUCGCAACCUCCCUGUACCUCCACUUCCAGCGCACGCCUUCGCACCUCAGAUCAUGCGCGACCCUGACACCCUCAGAGAACCCUCAAACCGUGGAGACUCUCUACCAGCUCUCCGUGGACCUCCAAAAGGUGAGAAAACUCAAAGGCUGGGUUCUCCGUCAAAACCCGGCCUACGCCGAGGAGGCGGCCCAGUUACUGAAGGACCUGGGCGCCUCGGGAACCGUGGUCUCCACCGUUCUGACCUCGCACCCCGAAGCCGUGCUCUGUCACCCGGAAGAAACGCUGGCGCAGAAGAACCUCUGGAUGUCCGUCUGCCCUAAUAAGAAAGAGCUAGUCGCGAUCAUCGAGAAGUUCCCGGCGUCCUUUUUCACGUUUAGUAACCACGACAACCAGCGGGACAACAUCGCUUACUUCCGAAGCUUGAACCUGAAUAAGAGAAUGAUCACCAAGCUGAUGGCCGGAGCUCCUCAGAGCUUCGGCCGUCCCGUGGAGCAGAACCGGGACAUGGUGCGCAGCCUUCAGAAGACAUACCUGGACCUGGGAGGAGAUGAAGCCAACAUGAAGGUUUGGCUUCAGAAACUGCUGAACCAGAACCCCUUCGUGCUCCUCAAAGAACCCCAAAUCUUGACGGACAACGUGGUCUUCCUCCGAGAACGAGGCUUCGGGACGGCGGAACUUCUGCACCUCCUUUCCAAACUCAAAGCUUUCGUGAUCGAUCUGAACCCGGAAAGCAUGCGGCGCACCCUGGGCUACUCGAAGGACGUUUUGGGGUGCUCGGAGGCGGAGCUGCGAACGAUUAUCGUCCGAUGUCCGGCGCUGCUUUACUACCCCGAAGACGUUUUGGCCGAGCGCUUCGCAGGGCUGCUCGCCGCCGGGGUUAGCAUGGGGCAGAUCGCGCAAACUCCGACGGUGUUGGAGUUAACCACGCAGAUUGUUAAUUAUCGGAUACAGAGAUUGAAGGGGCGGGGUUACGACGUGAGGAGUUCUAGCUUGGAUGUUCUUAACGGGACGAAGAAGGACUUUGAGGUGAGUUUUGGGAGGUUACAGCUAAGGAGGGAGCGACCGCUUUUUAACCCGGUGGCGCCUUUAAAAGAUGACUGACUUACGCACGUAUAUGGAAAUGAGAUAUGUUUGUAAUUUGCCAGGUGAUUAAAAGUUGGUGUCAAAGA